CAUGCACACACACAUACACACACGGUCCUGCUGUUCUUCUAAAACGCACUUAACCACACAUAUACAAACCCACGCGCACACAUCAACAGCUCAAACAGGAGUCCUGAUCGUGUGUGUGUGUGUGUGUGUGCCCACUGGAGGAGCUCUGGAAGUCAAGGUGUUAACAAUGCAUCCUUUGAACUGCACCACCCCGGACCCGUCAUGGUGCCUGGAAUCCGAUAAGUGCGCCAUGGGGAACGUGAGUUCUGAGGAUUUGGCGGAUUUAUGUGACAGCCGCAGCACGUACGUGGAAAAGUAUUUAGGACCACGCCGCUCUCCGCACUUUCUUCCAAUCUGCAUCUUAUAUUUGGGCAUCUUCUGCGUCGGAUCGUUGGGCAACGCACUGACGUGUACCGUGAUCAUACGCCACCGCUCCAUGCGCACACCUACCAACUUCUACUUGCUCAGCCUGGCCAUUUCAGACCUGCUCGUUCUCCUCCUGGGUUUGCCCUUAGAGCUUUAUGAGCUCUGGUCCAACUACCCGUUCCUGCUGGGAACCGGAGGCUGCUACUUUAAGACGUGCCUGUUCGAGACUGUUUGUUUUGCCUCGGUGCUCAAUGUUACAGCAGUCAGCGCCGAACGCUACCUUGCUGUCGUCCACCCGCUACGCGUUCAAAAUGUCAUGACACAUGGCCACGUAAGACGGGUCGUCAUAGUGCUGUGGAUCGUAUCGUUUCUUUGUGCUUUGCCCAACACAAGCUUGCACGGUGUGACAACUUUGCGUCCAAGGUUUGGCCAGAGUUUUCCCGAGUCGGCCGUGUGUACCGUGGUGAAGCCUCCCUGGAUCUACUGGCUGCUCGUCCAGCUCACUGCGCUCUUCUUCUUCCUUGUUCCCAUAACGAGCAUCGGCGUGCUCUACCUGCUCAUCGCACUUCAGCUGCAAAGAGAAACACGGCUACUGCAGAACGACGCCUUGCAAUCAGGAGCGCAGAGCACGCUGCAGACAUCGCGUCAUCGCCAGGUCACCAAAAUGCUUUUCGUGCUGGUGGUGGUGUUCGCCAUCUGCUGGGCACCCUUUCACAUCGACCGUGUCAUGUGGAGCUACAUCGAAGACUGGAGCGAACAACACCAUCGCGUCUUCGAGUUUAUUCACCUGAUCUCAGGAGUGUUCUUCUACCUGAGCACGGCCGCCAACCCCAUUCUGUACAGCCUCAUGUCCUCACGCUUCAGAGAGCUGUUCCGGGAGGUCGCAUGCCGAAAACCAGAGCAGAAAUUCAGCAUUACGCAGAUCACCUUUCGCACCACGGGAUGAGGAAGAACAUGAACAUGUUGUUCAGACUUUUUAUUUCAAAACAUAUUCUCAUGUGUUAACGUUCAGAGAUGAAGGAUGGAAGAGUGGGACUGUUUCUAAAAAAAAAAAGCAUUACACAGGAGUCUGAAUUACUAGCAAGAAGGCAAUUCUGUACGUGUAUUUAGAGGUUCCUGUUUUGAUUGUGUACCACAUUUAUUAGCACCAGCAUUAACUUGUACUUUUACUUGGAAUGAAACUGCUUGCAGAUAAAAGUUCUUCACUCAGCUAACUUUGGUUUGAAAAUAUGGACCCUUUAAAUAUUAGUAUGAAAGACCCAAAUGACUAAACACAGCUAGCUAACAACUGGUGCUAACAAGAUUUGAUCAGCUAAACUAGCUAGCGAAGAUGAAAGUAGGAAAAACAAUAGUUUGCCUACUUUUUUUCUUUUUAAGAUGACAGAACAUUAUUUAACAGAUAAUUAUGUUAUGAUCUAAAAAAAAAAAAAUGAUUAAGUGACAAUUAAAAGCCUUUUUGUACUAGCAUAGCUAGGACUGGUGGUGUUCUACUGUCAAACCAUUACGUUUCUGGCAUAUAAGCCAAAUGUAUUAGCAAAUGAUCUGUUUAUUUAAUGAUGUUUUACUUUUCUCUUAUUCCUGUUUCAGAUUUCUUGUUCUAAAUGUUGUAUACAGUGGUACUUCCGCAUACGAACAACAUUCUUGGGACAAAAUGCAAAAAACCUACAAAAAAUACGCGAACCCGUUUUGCUUGGCUUUUCACUGACGUGAACAAGUUUUGAUCGGCUACUGGAAGUAGGUGCGACUGGCUCGGUCGUUCCAGUCUUGAUCUUAACCCUGUGUUGUUUUAUUACAAAUAAAAUAACUGUCAGUAUUUAUGAGACUGUACAGACAGAGUGAUCUUUAUUUAUGUAAUACAAAUAUUAGACUCGAUCUCGAGGUGCCAGUAAACUCCUCGUGGCGUCGCCCGGCUGAUCACAACAUCAAACUGUGAAGGAGAACAGAGCUUUUUAACGUCACCUCAAGUAUUCAAACCCACAAGAAACUCCAUCCAUACAUGGCUACGCCUGACGCGUCUGUACGGAACCCUGGUGAAAGCUAUGGACGAACAGGCUGAUUUA